AUGGGUUUCCUCUCGUCGGCCAAAGCGCUGCUGCUUUCCGCGCCAUUCGCAAUCCCAUUAGCUUCUGGAGUUGCAGCAAUGCCGUCGCAACGCAACGAAACGGUUCAACGCGGUAACCCGCUGUCGGACGAGUUUGGUCGAUAUGUGAAAGGACUUAUGGAUGAAUGGAAGGUGCCGGGCCUGUCGCUGGCUGUCAUUGACGGCGAUCAGGUGUACACAGAGGGUUAUGGCUUUUCAGUACUGCCAGACACGCCUGUCAAGCCGGAAACACUAUUCCUCGGCGGGUCGACCACAAAGGCACAGGUAGGUGCUGCGCUUGCGCACCUCAUCUCCACCGGAGAUUAUGACACGGCUUUUUCUCGCGGCUGGGAAACACCCAUCUCUUCAAUCAUCGAAGAAGAUUUUGUCCUAAAGGACGAGUGGGCUACCUCCCAUAUCACGCUGGAAGACGCCAUCAGCCAUCGUAGCGGCAUGCCUGGACAUGACUUUGCGUGGAUCGGCACGAGCGACCCUAGCGAUGGCAACAACACGCGCAAGACCAACAAUACAAGCAAGACCAACAGAGCGACAGUCAGGAGCUUGCGUCAUCUACCACUCACAGCUGAGCCUCGAGUGGUCUUUCAGUACUGCAACCUCAUGUACAUUGCCCUCUCCCACGUCAUUGAGACCGUCACUGGCUCGUGGUUAGGGGACGUGCUGCGCAAUGUCAUCUGGCAGCCUCUGGGCAUGAACUCUACGUUUUUAUCGUAUAGCGAAGCGCGGAGAAGCGGUCACCAGAUCGCGACUGGGUAUUUCUGGGACGAUGAAGCGCAGGAAUACGUGGCGGUGGAAACGGAUCCGGUCCAGUACUCCAGCGGUGCAGGCGCCAUCAUCACCAAUGCCAUUGACUAUAGCAAGUGGGUAAAGUGUCUUUUGCAUGAGACGGCUCCCUUUUCGGCCGCAACGCACCAGGACAUCAAAACCCCGCGCACACUCGAAAUCACAGGCGGCGCCUCGCGCAGCUGGCACGUGGGCGACUACGGUCUCGGCUGGAGAAUUGCCACGCUCCACGGCAAAGCCGUCUACAAGCACAAUGGCGGCACGCAAAACUUUGGUACAAAUGUCUUUUGGAUGCCCGAGAUCAAAUUUGGAGUGGUGGGGUUUGCCAACGCCGUGGACAAUGGCAACUUUAUCAAGGACAUUAUAACUCAGAAGCUAGCGGAGGACAGGCUAGGCAUCUCCCCGAGCGAGCGCCUCGAUGACGGCCAAAAAGAGAGGAAGCGGCAGCUGGAGCAGGACAAGCAAAACUUUAACAACGCGACCAAUAUCCUAUAUCCCAGUUAUGCCACCAACGGAUCUUCUCUGGCAGUCGACUACGACCUCUUUGUGGGUACGUAUAGCAACCCUGGUUAUGGCAACUAUACGUUUGCUGUGGAGGAUGCAAUGCCCUUCCCCGGCGCGGACUCGACAAACCAGACGUUGCAGAAGCAGCUUGUUGCUACCCGUACGGACCUGAUUAUUCCUAUGCGAAUGAUUCUACGUCAUGUCGCUGGCAACUACUGGGUUGCUUACCUCAUACCUAUACUUGGAUCGGCAGCAAAACGAAGCUUUUAUGCUGCCAAGUUUGUUGUGGGGGGAGAUGGUAAACCGACUGCGCUUGAGAUUACAUGGCAAGGUGCUGUUGAGCGCCUGUCCGAGGUGACCACUCGCUUUGACCGAGUUGGCUGA